CACCGCCGCCUCCGCCCCCUCCCGUCCUGUUCUGUUUUUUGGUCGGUCCGGGCCGGCCGGCACCACAAGCGCCCGGCAGAGACUGAGGGAGAGAGAGAGGAGGGGAGGAGGAGGAGGAGGAUUCAGAGAGUAGGAGCUGGGGAUCCCUUCUGCGCCACAGAUGUCUUGGCCUGCAGUGACUCCAACUCCCAUAUUCCUUCCAAUUUUCUCCUUUACUGAUGCCUCUCCACUGGCCAAAUCUGCCUGGAAGUCAGAGGGCAAGGUUGCUUGGGAAAUGCAGUUGCCUGUGAUACAGAGCAGCACAGGAAAAUUUCCAAAGACUUGGUGAAGAUAGGAAAACUAUCAGAAAGGCUGUAGCGCUAUUGUACUGAGCUCAGCUGAGGGAGAACUCAGCCGACCUCUAGUUCUUGAUUCUUCUUUGCUCCCUCUCGGCCAACUAAGACUUUAUCUGGAGAACUCUGCUGCCUAGAGCCUGCAGUUGUCUGGGCCCCAGAACAAGAGCAUGCAUUUUCACGUGUCAGUUUGAUAAGUGGAUCAGUGAAGUUUUCCUGAAAGGUAGCCACUUUUGGUGACAUUCAUUGUCCAGUUCUCAUAAUGUAUCCUUCCUUAUCUGAAACAAGACAUCCUCUGGAGCCAGAGGAACAAGAAGUGGGCAUCGACCCCUUGUCCAGUGACUCCAGCAAGCCGGGAGGAGAUUCAAAUAAAAAUGGAAGAAGAGCAAGUUCUACUUUAGAUUCUGAUGGGACUUUUAAUUCCUAUAGGAAGGAAUGGGAGGAACUCUUCGUAAACAACAACUACUUGGCAACAAUACGGCAGAAGGGGAUUAAUGGGCAGCUGAGAAGCAGCAGGUUCCGCAGCAUUUGCUGGAAGCUCUUUCUUUGUGUUCUUCCUCAAGAUAAAAGUCAGUGGGUAAGCAGAAUUCAAGAAUUAAGAGCAUGGUAUAGCAACGUGAAAGAAAUCCACAUCACAAACCCGAGGAAGGUCGUCGGCCAGCAAGACUUGAUGAUCAAUAACCCCCUGUCGCAGGACGAAGGGAGUCUCUGGAACAAAUUCUUCCAGGAUAAAGAACUUCGGUCGAUGAUUGAACAAGAUGUUAAAAGAACGUUUCCUGAAAUGCAGUUUUUCCAACAAGAAAAUGUGAGAAAAAUUCUUACAGAUGUUCUUUUCUGUUAUGCUAGAGAAAACGAGCAGUUGCUUUAUAAACAGGGCAUGCACGAGCUGCUGGCCCCGAUCGUCUUCACCCUGCACUGUGACCACCAGGCCUUCCUUCACGCCAGUGAGUCUGCGCAGCCAAGUGAGGAAAUGAAAACGCUCCUGAACCCUGAGUACCUGGAACAUGAUGCCUAUGCGAUGUUCUCCCAACUUAUGGAAACUGCUGAACCUUGGUUUUCUACUUUUGAGCAUGAUGGUCAAAAGGGGAAGGAGACCCUGAUGACGCCUAUCCCCUUUGCUCGACCACAGGAUUUGGGGCCAACAAUUGCUAUUGUUACUAAAGUCAACCAGAUCCAGGAUCAUCUAUUGAAGAAGCACGAUAUUGAGCUUUACAUGCACCUGAACAGACUAGAGAUUGCGCCACAGAUAUAUGGCUUACGGUGGGUACGGCUGCUGUUUGGACGAGAGUUCCCCCUGCAGGAUCUCCUGGUGGUCUGGGACGCCUUGUUUGCAGAUGGCCUCAGCCUGGGUUUAGUGGAUUAUAUUUUCAUAGCCAUGUUACUCUACAUCCGAGACGCUCUGAUCUCGAGUAACUACCAGACCUGUCUCGGCCUUCUGAUGCACUAUCCACUAAUUGGAGAUGUCCACUCACUGAUUCUUAAAGCUCUGUUCCUUCGAGACCCAAAGAGAAAUCCAAGACCAGUGACUUAUCAAUUCCAUCCAAAUUUAGAUUAUUACAAAGCACGAGGAGCAGACCUCAUGAAUAAAAGCCGAACCAAUGCCAAAGGCGCUCCCCUGAAUAUAAACAAGGUCUCUAAUAGCCUGAUUAACUUUGGAAGAAAGUUGAUUUCUCCAGCAAUGGCCCCAGGCAGCGUGGGUGGCCCUGUCCUAGGAGGCGUUGGCAGCAGCCCUUCCCCUGCCGUGGUUCCCACCAGGACCUUGGCAGAGGCCCCCAGACACCCUUUGCAGCAGCAGCAGCAGCAGCAGCAGCAGCAGCAGCAGCAGCAGCAGCAGCAGAGGCUGAUGAAGUCGGAAAGCAUGCCAGUGCAGCUGAACAAAGGACAGAGUUCUAAAAACAUCAGUUCAUCUCCAAGCACUGAGAGUUUGCCUGGAGGAAGAGAGUUCACUGGCUCCCCGCCUUCAUCUGCCACUAAAAAGGACUCCUUUUUCAGCAACAUCUCCCGUUCCCGCUCGCACAGCAAAACUAUGGGCAGAAAAGAAUCUGAAGAAGAAUUAGAAGCCCAGAUUUCCUUCCUGCAAGGACAGCUGAAUGACCUGGAUGCCAUGUGCAAAUACUGUGCAAAGGUGAUGGACGCUCAUCUUGUGAAUAUUCAAGAUGUGAUACUACAAGAAAAUUUGGAAAAAGAAGACCAAAUUCUGGUUUCCCUGGCAGGAUUAAAGCAGAUCAAAGACAUCCUCAAAGGUUCCCUGCGUUUCAACCAGAGCCAGCUGGAGGCUGAAGAGAACGCACAGAUCACCAUCUCAGAUGACCACUACCAAGGGCCUGGGGCCAUCAAGCAGGCCCCUGCGGCUGCGCCAGGGCGCACGGAUGGAGGCGGCAUGGACGACUUCAUCCUCCUCUCCAAGGAAGAUGAGGGGGGCAGCCCCAGGGUGCCCCUGUCGGGCCAGGCCCAGCCCCUGCGCCCCAUCCGGAGCUCAGCCCGGCCCACCCUGGUGUUCUCCGACCCACUGACCGGCCCGGCCUCGGCCUCCUCCAGCAACCCCAGCUCCAGCCCCGACGACGACAGCAGCAGCCACAGCAAGGACUCGGGCUUCACCAUCGUGAGCCCCCUGGACCUCUGACAGCCGCCUGGCCACCUCCGCCGCCCAAGGCCCCACCCCGGCCCCCCGGGAGACGUGCCUCUGAAACCCAGCCUCUUCCCAGUGUGCAUGUGGCCUUAGUGCGGCCCCAGGAGCCCUGCAGAGAAAGGCAGGGGGCCAGUGAGCGUGCAGAUGGACAGACCUCCCCCAAAACACAACCAGGGCUUUCCGGCAGUCGCUCACCCCACCCACCCUCGCUCUGGGGUGGAGCUGGGUCAGGUACCCAGUGUCACACUCAAAAAAGACCACACCUCAGCAAGAUUCACUCCCCCAUCCCCUCCUCCGCAGCCAAGAAGGGGUCGUCACGCCACCAGGUGUGUCCGGAGGAGGAAGGGGGUAGUUCCAGGUCCUCCCUCCCCCAGCGUCGGGCAGAGGAAAUCUCACUGACAGCAAGAAAACGUUCCCUCUGGAAAUUGAAGCUCUCAGCCUAUUUUCUCCUUCAUUCCUCCCCCAGGAAGCCACACAGCAGAGCCAGAUGCAACCAAAUGGACUAGAACUAGUGGAUUCCAGGAAUGGGCUGGAAGCAGCCUCGCAGGAAGUUACAGUGAUCCUUGGGAACAGGGUCUAAACUUAGGGAUCGUAUUUAGGCGUGAAGCGGCUUAGAGUACUUUCAUGUAUUAAAGAAGAUACUUCCAAACCUCAGGCCAGAUCAGCUCUGGCCAUCGGUGCCCCUCCUGAAACGAUUGCACUUCACCCUUUAGAAUCCUUCACAGCCAGAAAGGAGGUCACUUCACGCCAGUCUUUGCCACACUCAUUUCCAAAGUUGUAAGAAUGUUCCUUCCUUGAAUAGGAAAAUGUGACUCUGACGUUAAGGGAUUAACAUCUUUCAGACGGCCGAUUCUCCAAUAGAGUUUCUGUCGUGUGGGGGCCGUGUCCCCCUGUCAACUGUAAAGGGGGAAACCCAGGCUCAUUCCCACCCAGAGUCGGGAGCUCCCACCGGCCUUACAGGAGUGGGAACAGGGACUUGGACCUGGGGGACCAGGGCUUCCUCGAGAGCUCUCCGGGUGCCAGGAGGAUGCAGGCUUCUGUGGGAGCCAAGUGUGGGAGCUGCCAGGCACCCCAGGCACCACCCCCGGGGCCGGACCAGGGCUCCUGCACAGAGCAGAGAUUUCCCGUUGGUGGGCAGCUUAGGGAACCGUUGGGGUCAUAAGGCACCACCGGAGCUGUUUCUCCCCUGGAGGAGAAGGGUCUGGGAGAGGACACUGUCCCCCUCCUUGCCCGAGCAGCUCCUGACCGGGUGACCCAGUGCCCUGUCACCUCCACCGGGGGGACCAGCCAGUGCCCUGGGCUUCUGCCAGGACGGCAAGGCCUCUGGGCAGUAAAAGCUCUCAUGGCAACAAGGGAGGAGCUGGGUGUGAAGGAAGAGAUCUCCCCACCAUGCCCCUGCCCCAGCUCUGCUCACCAUGGGUUUCUCUGUAGACGUACAGAGAACCCUCCAAAAAACAUCAGUGCCUCGAGUCAGCCACUGUGGAGAGAGUUCUAACUAGCUCUAUAAGUUGGGUUUUUUUUUCCCCUUAACAGGGGCCCUGGGGAGCGAACCCAGGACCUCGUGCACGCCAAGCACACACUCUGCCCCUGAGCUACACCCCCAUUCCUUCCAUCUGGCUCUUAACUGGAGCAGGGAAGCCUCCUCCUGACCCAGCGGCUCAGAUGACAGGGCCGUCUGCCUUCCGCCAUGACUGAGGUGCACUGACGGCUCUCCAGCUCCUGACCCUGAGUGGUCCACUCGGCACCCGGUGGGGAUGACACCCUGAGUAGGGGGCUGCCACCUACACGACCCCUGGAUGACACCCGUGAGCUCCUGAGGUCCCCACAUGGCAAGUGGCCCGGCGGCUGUGCAGGACCUGGCAGGAGGCAGGCAGUGUGGAGCUAUCCCCUGACAGCUGGGCCACGGGGGCGCCAGACCCCCAGCACACCCGCAAGGCUCGAGGCUAGUGCCCCUCCCCCGCCAGCGUGCCAGGGCUGGUGCCCCAUCUAUGCUUCCGCGCCGGUGCCCCCCACCCAGUGAGAACCAGGGGGUCACUCCGAGUGUCGCUUCUUGCCCCCUCCCCCCAGGGCCGCUCCCUCCUCAGAGAAAAGAAACCCACGAGGGGGAGUGGGGCGUGGGAGGGGCGCCCUCAAAUUCCCAUAGGUUCAUGGGGUUCAUGAUUGUAUUACUGUCUUAUUUUUUUUUAAGAGACUUGUUUUUAUUCUUCAGAGUUAAGCACCAUUUGCCUUUUUAUUAGUUACAGUGCUUUUAAAGAAUACGUUUUCCUUCCUUUUUAUUACUUUAUCAAGUAGUUAUGCUUUGUUGCACAUUUUUUUAAAAUCCUGAAUAUAUGAAGCCUUUAAGUUUUUCUUUAACAAAUAUGGUAAUCAUUGGAAGCUUCUCUUGUUUUGAUGUUUAGCAGUUAAAUAUAUUUUCAAGAGGUCAGGUAUAGGUUAAGUCUCAUUGUCUUCCUCUUUUUUUAUACAUGCCCCAUUUCUCCAUUCCUCUCAGAUCUGUUUGGAAAUUUGAGUUAAGAUGGAUCUCUGUACGUUAUAGUUGCGAGUUACAGAAUCAAGAAAGUCACUCUGACUUGCCUUACCUCGUGUGUAUGCCAAGGGGUCGCGUAACACUUCAAACAGUUAAUUGUGCUGGAUUAUUCUUCCAAAGAUGACCUCCUGCUCAUCUCCCCUGCCAACUGCAGUCUGACAAGAAGUAACAUCUUUGCAGAGUAAAUGUGACUAAAAGGAAACCAGGACCCCCGUGACCGGCCUUGUCUGCCCACAGCUGAGCUGACUCGUGUGCUCCGGUCCCCGCCACUAACACGAACGAUGCCUCUCCUUUGUCAGAGACGACGGACAAAUGGAAAACUCAGUGACAGUUACGACAGCCUGCCAGAGGUGGCCACAAUUAUUUUUUGUUUUUAUGUUAGUGUUUCUCUAAGAAGUUGCCCCCGGGGGUCAUUACGGAACAAGGGUGUGUGGAGGCCCGUGUCCCCGUGUUCUGAGGGGCUGUCCUGGAGCACCUGCGGCCAUCCCAUCCCUCCUGCCCCACAGGUCCCUACCUGGCUGCCCAUGGGUCCAGAGCAGGGCCUGGGGGAGGCCGUAGGGGAGGCGGGGGUGGAGGCUGGGAGGAGGGAGUAGGCAGCUGAAGCCGGGCUUCCUUCGCACGGGCCAAACCAGCUUCCCAGGUGUUACUUUCAAAAGCUCUCUUUUUACGGUGUUAAAAAUACAAUGUUCUUGUAAACAGGCUGGAGACCACUUUGAUGUAAAAGCUGUCAUGAUCACGCUCCUCCCAGGGGCACAGCUCAUUUGAUUUACGGGAUACGCAGCUGUGCUGUUUCUGUCCGAUCGCUGCUUUUCUCACUCAUCUUUACUCUGUAACUCAUGUUGAUUUAAGAAAUGACUUAUCUGUUGGGCAAAGUGACCCCAUCCAGUAUGAUUAUAAUAAAAGACUCAUUGAAACUGAGAA